AUGGAGCAACUGCUUCGGCGAGAGCUGAAAUCAUGGCAGAAGGCGUUCAAAGCACAACAUGGACGCGAUCCGACCAAGCGCGAUAUCCUCGCCGAUCCGGCUAUUGCGGGGACGUACGAUACGUGGCAAGCUGCUGGAGGUGAUGUGAAGGCUAAAUCGAAGUCGAGGAGCUCGACGAGCUCGAGGUCGAGUGACGCAUCGAGCUCCAAGCAGAGGCUAGACAGGGAAGAAGUGUCCAAGACGCCUUCCAAGAGAAAGCCGCACAGCGCAGCAACAACGACGAGCACGCCGUCGAGAAACCCCUUUCGCACGCCGACAAAGUCCAGGUGUUCGCCUGCAACAGCAACCGUCACACCUGGAACAGGGUGCAGUAGAAACCCUUUCGCUUCGCCCUCCAAGCCCUCGGCCAAUGAACCUGUCAGCCCAGCCCGGUCGCUCAUCGAAGUCGAAAUGACCCCAACCAGACGCUCACCCCUACUCGACACUUUCGCACGCCGCAACAACUUCACUCCUACCAAGUCACCCUCUCACACCCACCAUCAGCAGCAAUACAUCACCUCCUCCCCGUCCAAACUACGCACCACACUGGAAGCAUCCCUUCCCUCUAGACGUACACCCACAAAGAGCCCCAAAUCGCGAGCUGCGAGCGAUGCAGCACUGAACGCCGCGCUUGUAGCCUACACACCGCGGACGAAAGCGAGAAAGCGGUUGAGGGGGGAAGACGUCCCGCCUACACCGAGCGCUCGGCGUGUCGUGUCGGCCGGUAGUGUAGCGGUGUCGAGGACCGACCCGAGACCAGUGCAGAGGGGGUUGGGGACGUUUGGGUUUGCGUCCAACAGAAAACUGUCGGUGCAGGAGAAGGGCAGCGCCGCUGCGCCCAGCUCGGGCUCAGUGUUCAGUCGUGAGCGUGGUGGGGCGCAGAGCAACGGCAAGUUUGCAUCCAGAGGUCCCGGGUUGGGAGAUGAGGAAGAAGACGAAGAGAUGCAAACCGAAUCCCCGAUCAAAGCGGUCGCCAAGCUCCGUCGUUCCGCUUCAUCCGCAAAAGGCUUUCGACCGCUCUUUGCUUCACCAUCCAGCAACCACGCACCGCAGAACAUGCUAGGUGUCCCCCCUCCUACGAAAUCGCAUGCGCACCAGCACAUGGCAGACGAUCAAGACGAUGCAGACGCACUGAUGGAGGAUGACAGCAGCAGCUUGCCUGUCGGGGGCCUCUUCGCAGCCGAAGUGCAACAACGUCGCUUGCGGCGAGCGCGCGAGACCGAGUCAUCCUCUCUCGACACAACAGGCAUGAUGAAAAGGCACAAGAUCCGAGCGCUGGUUCAGCUGCCCAGCAGCAACGUCAGCGACAACGAAGACGACGGCGGUGCAGCACAUCCUGCAUCCUCCAGUCCAGCAUCGUUCUGCCGAGCCGGCGCCCUUUCUUCCCCGCACACCGAACUGACCGUGCCAAGCAGCACCAUUCGACCCACCACCACCACUACGGAGCACUCUUUCCUGUCGAAGCAACACAGCAAGGUGGCAGAUGAGACCGCUAGCAGCCCUACGCGCGGCGUCGAGCCUGUCAGUAGCAACAUCGGCAUCGCAUCAGAAGCAGGAGACGCCUUGGAAGAUAGUGCGGCAGAAAGAGCAGUCGAGGCCAGUAGGAUCGAAGGGUGGCGAAGAGUGCAACGAGUCGAGCUCUCUGACGAUGAUGAGCCGCGUGGAAAAGUUAUCUCGAUCACACCGUAUCAGCGUUAUGGCACUCUGCGCACUGCUUCCUCUCCCCUUCUCCCAUCAAGUGCUUUGGUGGACGAAGAAGAGGAAGACUACGCAUACACGAUCCCCACCCGCAACAGGCAGGUGUAUGCAGUUGACACAACCUCCAGCCCCGGUUCCGACUCGGACGCCGAUGCGGACCAGACACACGCCUCACUGGCCGGGCUCAAGCUGUCACCGGUUCGGCAUGCCCGCUCGAAAGCGCGGGAGCGCGAUCGACUGCUCAACAGCAUCUUUGAUCCAUCCGCUGCCAAGGCCCGCACCGUGUUUAAUCCGGAAGCGCGGUGCGGCCCUCUCCAACCAUCGACUCGCAUUGCGGAAAGCGAUUAUGAUGACGAAGACCCGAAGCAUCCUAUCAGCACACACGCCGCCACACUCGCCCACGCCAGCGACGACGACGACGACGACGACGAUUGGCAGCAAGAAGUCGACGAGGAUUUUACUUUUAUCGACUCGGAAAUUGAGCUUCAGGACGUCGCCUGA